GAGUCCGCAAAUUUUGUCUUCUGCUUCUUUUUCCUUGUAUAAAAAAAUCAUUAUUUGUUUGAAUUCUCCAACAAUUGCUCCAGCUGGAUCCAAAGACAAGUCUGCAGACUUUAUCUGGCUUUUUCCGACUUUGAAAUCCAUUCUCUCUGAAGACAAGUCGAUCUUCGUUUAGACAAAAUGGCAUCUCUGUUUUCAGAUUUUGGCUUUAUAUGGUACUGGAAAGAGCUAAACAAGAUAGAAUUCAUGUAUUUUAAGGAAUUACUCAUACAUGAAAUUCUGCAAAUGGGUCUAAAACAGAUUUCUUGGACUGAAGUAAAGGAAGCAUCUCGGGAAGACCUUGCCAUCUUACUGGUAAAACAUUGUGACGGGAAUCAAGCCUGGGAUACGACCUUCAGAGUCUUCCAGAUGAUUGGGAGGAAUGUUAUCACUAAUAGGGCAACAGGAGAGAUUGCUGCACACUCAACAAUAUAUCGAGCUCAUUUAAAGGAGAAGCUGACCCAUGAUUGUUCUAGAAAGUUCAACAUCAGUAUUCAGAAUUUCUUCCAGGAUGAAUAUGAUCAUCUUGAGAACCUUCUUGUACCAAAUGGAACUGAAAACAAUCCAAAGAUGGUUGUCCUGCAAGGUGUAGCUGGAAUUGGCAAGACUAUUCUGUUAAAAAAUUUAAUGAUUGUCUGGUCAGAAGGCCUGGUAUUUCAGAACAAAUUCUCUUAUAUCUUCUACUUCUGCUGUCAUGAUGUGAAGCAAUUGCAGACAGCAAGCCUGGCUGAUCUGAUCUCCAGAGAGUGGCCUAGCCCCUCAGCUCCCAUGGAGGAGAUCCUAUCCCAACCUGAGAAACUCUUAUUCAUCAUUGACAGCUUAGAAGGGAUGGAAUGGAAUGUUACCCAACAGGAUUCGCAGCUGUGUUACAAUUGCAUGGAGAAGCAGCCAGUAAAUGUAUUGCUGAGCAGUUUGCUCAGGAAGAAGAUACUCCCUGAAUCAUCUCUCCUCAUCUCCACUAGUUGUGAGACUUUUAAGGAUUUGAAGGACUGGAUUGAGUACACAAAUGUGAGAACAAUAACCGGAUUCAAGGAAAACAAUAUUAAUAUGUGUUUCCACAGCUUGUUCCAAGAUAGGAACAUUGCCCAGGAGGCCUUCAGUUUGAUAAGAGAAAAUGAGCAGCUGUUCACUGUAUGUCAGGCCCCUGUGGUCUGCUACAUGGUGGCUACUUGUCUUAAAAAUGAGAUAGAGAGUGGAAAAGACCCAGUCUCCAUCUGCCGACGUACCACCUCCCUGUAUACCACUCACAUCUUAAAUUUGUUCAUUCCCCACAAUGCCCAAAAUCCAAGUAACAAUAGCGAAGACCUGCUGGAUAACUUGUGUUUUCUAGCUGUAGAGGGCAUGUGGACUGAUAUAUCUGUGUUUAAUGAGGAGGCUCUAAGGAGAAAUGGGAUCAUGGAUUCUGACAUCCCCACACUGCUGGAUAUUGGAAUUCUUGAGCAGAGCAGGGAAUCUGAAAAUUCUUACAUAUUCCUCCACCCGUCUGUCCAGGAGUUCUGUGCGGCCAUGUUUUAUCUGCUACAUAGUGAAAUGGAUCACUCUUGUCAGGGUGUUUACUUUAUAGAAACAUUCCUGUUUACUUUUCUAAACAAGAUCAAAAAACAGUGGGUUUUUUUGGGCUGUUUCUUCUUUGGUCUUUUACAUGAAACAGAACAAGAAAAGCUGGAGGCAUUUUUUGGCUACCACUUAUCUAAAGAAUUAAGGCGACAGUUGUUUUUGUGGCUGGAACUCCUAUUGGACACUUUACAUCCUGACGUAAAAAAAAUAAAUACCAUGAAGUUCUUUUACUGUCUGUUUGAGAUGGAAGAGGAAGUCUUUGUACAGUCAGCAAUGAACUGUAGGGAACAGAUUGACGUUGUGGUUAAGGGUUAUUCUGAUUUUAUUGUUGCUGCCUACUGCUUAAGCCAUGGCUCUGCACUGACAGACUUCUCCAUUUCAGCUCAAAAUGUGCUGAAUGAAGAGCUAGGCCAGAGGGGAAAGCUACUCAUACUUUGGCAUCAAAUAUGCUCUGUGUUCCUAAGGAAUAAAGAUAUCAAAACACUCAGAAUAGAAGACACUAUUUUCAAUGAACCAGUCUUUAAAAUCUUUUAUUCUUAUUUGAAGAACUCCAGCUGUAUCCUUAAAACACUUGUGGCAUAUAAUGUUUCCUUUUUAUGUGAUAAGCGCCUAUUCUUGGAAUUGAUUCAAAGCUACAAUUUGGAGGAAUUGUAUCUCAGAGGCACAUUCCUCUCCCACAGUGAUGUGGAAAUGUUGUGUGAUAUCUUGAACCAGGCAGAGUGCAACAUACGCAUACUGGAUUUAGCUAACUGUUCCCUCUGUGAGCAUUCUUGGGACUACCUUUCUGAUGUUCUUAGGCAGAACAAAUCCCUGAGAUACCUAAACAUCAGCUACAAUAACCUGAAGGAUGAAGGGCUGAAGGCUCUCUGUAGAGCUCUGACUCUCCCAAACUCUGCUCUGCAUUCACUAAGUUUGGAAGCCUGUCAACUGACUGGUGCCUGUUGUAAGGACCUUGCUUCUACUUUUACGCGAUAUAAAUGCCUGCGGAGGAUCAACCUGGCGAAGAACUCCUUGGGCUUCAGUGGAUUGUUUGUGCUGUGUAAGGCUAUGAAAGACCAAACGUGUACCUUGUAUGAGCUAAAACUGCGAAUGGCUGACUUUGAUAGCGAUUCCCAGGAAUUUCUACUUUCUGAGAUGGAAAGAAAUAAAAUCUUGAGCAUCGAAAAUGGUGUGUAAGCAGAAGCAGAAAUCAAGGGUGGACAUUCUGAUGCAAGAACAAUGGAUGUAUUGUGAACUCAAACUACUUCUGAAUGAAAGAGAGGAGGAUCUUUAUUUUGUCCUAUUGUGUAAAAAUUACAGGUCACUAACACUGCAGAGACAGGAUUUCUUUUUGCCACAUUCAGAUGAGUUUUACAAGAUAUAUGUGGCUUCCUUUUCGCACUACAGUUUCAGACACUCAUGCUAAAAUGACUGUCUUAUAAUGAUGUUUUUCUAAUACAGGUUUCUUAAGCACCUAAUAAAGGGUAAAAUAUCUUUAAGUAGUUGUUUGGAAUCUCAUAACAAGAGUUUUACUUUAUUUUGUAUUACUGGAGCUAUAGUGUAAGUCCAGGCAAUAAUGAUACCCAAAAGGUUGUGGGGAAGUUUUAGUUGGCUAUGCAUGUAAAGCCAAUAGCAGUAGCAUGAGCAACUGGACACUCAGAUAAUGGAAACUAUUGCUGUUUUUCUGUUUUGUAUUAAAGAAUAACAUAAGCAUUAUCCAAA